AUGGCUUCAAGUAGCUCAUCAGCUCCAGCAGCUCCUACCUUCAACGGAUCAUUUUAUCAUUUGUGGUCAGUGAAGAUGAAAACUUACCUCAAAUCUCAAGGUCUAUGGAAAGUGGUUGAGACAGAUGAAGAUCCUCCCGCUCUCAGGCCAAAUCCAACAGUAGCUCAGCUCAGAGACCAUGAAGAACAACUUCUCAAGAAAGAUAAAGCCUUGACUUGCAUCCACUCAAGCUUGGCAGAUCAUGUUUUCACCAGCAUCAUGGACCUGGAAACACCCAAAGCUAUUUGGGAUUACCUCAAAGAAAGCUUUGAAGGCACAAACCGAGUGAAAGCUGUGAAGCUCUUGACGCUCAAGAGAGAAUUUGAGCUGCUCAAGAUGAAGGAUGACGAGCUAGUGAAAGAUUUUUCAUCAAGAAUGAUGGAUCUUGUAAACCAAAUUAGGCUGUAUGGUGAAGCUCUACCUGAUCAGAGAGUGGUGGAGAAGAUAAUGGUCAGCGUACCAAGAAAAUUUGAAGCUAAAAUUUCAGCUAUUGAAGAGUCAUGUGAUUUGUAG